AGAGGUUGGUGUGAGACCUUGCGUUGAGCUUUUCUCCUUCUUCUUCACUACUUCGAAGUACUACAGUUGGAAUCUCUACAAGAACAGCAAGGGCCGAACUGUUGAAGAAUAGCAAGGAUGAAGGCGGAAACGACGAUCUCGGAUCUUUUGAUGAAGUGCGAGGAACAGGGUAUUCAGCUGCCGGAGAACCCAUGGCAGGCGCUACGAGAGGUGAUCGCGGCUUUGCGAAAUACAAAGCACCACGGGCUGGGUUAUUUGCAGGCCCCAAAGGCAUUUGACCAGCUCAAGACCAAGUUUGCCAAAGAUACUGAUGCGAUGGAGACGGAAGCCGCUACAGCGGUGUCACCACGUGUGGUGGGCCGCCAGAAGCGCACGCUUAUGGAUGAUAUGCCCAAACGCAAACGCCGCAACGUGAUUCUCGACAGCGAUAGCGAUUGCGACGAAACUUCUGCCUUGGUUGCCAAAGUCAUGAGUCCUGUGGCGAGUAGUAAGAAGAAGACGAAAUACCCGAAGAAGAGUCGCAUUCAAGAGCAAGUGGAGGCCACACUUGCCAUAAAAGACGAAAAUCAGUCGUUAGUGGACCAAUUGGUGCGAUUAGGCGAGUAUGAAAUGACCCACGGGUACACCCAGCGAGGACUUGCACGUUUUCGAGCUGCGAAGGAGAUCCGCAAUACCCGAUUUGUCAUCACAUCGGGAGCGCAAGCAAAGAAAUUGGACCACGUGGGUCCCGCGGUUGCUACAAAAGUGGAUCAACUACUGAAUGAAGGACUUGCGGCUGCUUUUAGCGAGUACGACGGGGACGACGAGGCGCUGCCGGUGACUAAGUGA